GCUUCCAACGUCUAGUGGUCGACACCAUAUUCUUGUAAUAAAACUGAACUGAAAAUAAACUGAACUGCAAGAACUGAAGAGUUUCGGUGGUGAUAUAAUUGUUAAAAGAACAUCAAAGACGAAAAGCAGAAAAGAUGGCGGAGUCGCAAAGUGACAUUGUGACUGAAGCUGGCGUAAACAAUUUUGACAAAAAUUUAAAGGAAAUGGCUGAAAACAUGAAGGUAUUCUCCUCGGCAAUGCGAGAUCUUUACACAAAAAAAGCUGAAGCGGAAGAUGAUGAAAGUGACGUUGCUAUGAGGUUCAGAGAGAUUAGAGAUUACACAAGAAAAGAUGCGAUAGUUUAUGUAGAAUGUGUUCUUCCCAUAACAGAAAGAUUAAUACAGUCUAUAAAAACAUACUUCGAGUAUUACCAUCAAGAAGUUUCUUCGUUUGAAGAGUGGUGCAAAAUGUUGCCAGAUAUUUUAAAGAGCACUGCAGACCUAAAACAUCUUGCACAUGUAGUAUUAGAUAUGUAUGACAAUAUGAUAGUUCCCAUAAAGACACGUGAAGACGAAGCGAAAAUGAUCAAGGCAGAGUUCGUAGACUUAAAAAGUAAGUAUGAAAAGGAAUGUAAAAAAUACAAAACCAAGUCCCACAACAGAAAAAUUUGCGCAUACGCCGUCAUGCCUAUUCCUGUCGUAAAUCUCAUUGCGUAUCCUCGGUUGAAAAAGUCUGCACGUGAAAACAAGGCAUUAGCAGUUGCCUCAAAAAAGCACUUUGAAGAUAACGAAAAUGCAGCACAAAUUGUGGAUGAGAUCCUCAUGCCUUCACUUGGUAAAUUCAUUAAAAGUCUGGAAAAUGUAGCAGGAUUCAUUGGGGUGGUUGAACAAGAUUUGCAAAAGAAACCUUGUGAGAACGAGUUUCAUUAUAACGUGAUGAAAAGUAAAGAGAAAAAAAUGAGAGAAAGAUGUGAAACAUUCACCCAAGUAUGGCCUUCUGUUCGCACCGACCUCAGGGCACUUCCCACUGAAGCUACUGACAAUAGCUACGUCCAUGAAUGGUUUGAGAAAACACUUGCAGACCUACGAGAAAAGAACACUGAGGAGGCUUUUUCCACUUUCUACCGUGUUGCAGGGGAAAAAAUCCCUAAAUAUAUGCGAGCACUUAAACCAGCACAAGAAAGAACACAUUCAGAAUUGCCAACAUCACCAGGUCAUGAUGGAGAAGAAAGAAAACAACCAGAAAUGCCAACAUCACCAGGUCAUGAUGAAGAAGAAAGAAAACAACCAGAAAUGCCAACAUCACCAGGUCAUGAUGGAAAAGAGAGAAAAGAACCAGAAAUACUACCAUCACAAGAUCAUGAUGGACAAGAAAGAAAACAACCAGAAAUGCCAACACAACCAGUUCAUGAUGGACAAGAAAGAAAACAACCAGAAAUGCCAACACAACCAGUUCAUGAUGGACAAGAGAGAAAACAACCAGAAAUACCAAAAUCACAAAAUAAAUGAACAAGAAAUGUACAAAAGUAAAACAACCCUUGAUCGCUUAGUGCAUCAUGUAUUCAGACUUAACAAAUUCAAUUUCGAAAACAAUAAGUAGAAUUGAACGGGACUUGUAGUUCGAGACCUUUUCAAGAAUUCACUUGAACGAUUAUAACUUUAUAGAUACACAGAUUUUCUGCCUAUAGAACUCGUCAUAAAAUAUUGAUAAUUAAAUGUAUUUUGUUUAUAGCAGUAAAAUUUAUUCCAGCUUCCGUUUAGAACUGAGUUUGGGUAGAUGGAUCGUAACUAGCUCCAAAGAAACCAUUCUGCAUGAUAGACGAAUAAUAUCACAUACCUCUUUUAUAUACACAACCAGUUGCAGGCUAAAAAGAACUGCUAUAUAAUGGCUGGAAAUUGUAUUUAUAUAUUUUGUCAACAAAGAAUGUAAAUUACGUUUUAGUAUUUUUGCACAAGUGAAUAUAACAAAUUCUGAUUGGUCAAAUUUGACGUAUUUGGCGCUGUUAUACUCACCUUCAGCUGAAUAUAAAAAAAAUUCAAAAUGGCGGCUAGCCGUUUCGUGGACAUUUCUUACAAAGAGAUAAGCGAACAAAUGCAGUUCUUGUGUCAAUUCACUUGUGCAAAAAUACUAAAUUCGUCUCGGUCAAUAUUCCACGAUAACCACCUCGCUUUCGGCGAAUAAUUGUUAAAUAUUACGUUAUAUUAUAUAUUAUAUUGCCAUGCUGGUAAAACAAUGCAUAAUUAGAAUUAAUACAAACGAUAGAAUAGAACUCUUAAUAUACCAUGUAUGCAAUAAUGUUUAUGUCCAUUUACUUAACCUAAAAUUUGUGCAAC